AAAUAACGUGGAUAGAUCUAACCUGUACGGCAGGUCUUGUUGCGCAAUUUUCUCAACGUAUGGUACGUUAAAGUGGCCUGUCAAUAUUUUGCUUUACCAUGUUUGCGGGCAAAUUAACUUUAUCGAUUUCGCGAUCAGUUAAAAGUAAUUUGACCAAUAUUCGGCAAAUGAGCGCAGCAAUGAAUAUCGACUGCGUCAAAUCUUUAUUGUACAAAGAAUACGGUGAUCCCGUUGAGGUUCUUCAAGUAACGACGCAAACGCUACAACAACCGGCGGCCGAUCAGGUGUCUGUGAAAUGGCUAUUAUCCCCAGUGAAUCCAGCCGAUAUAAAUACGAUACAAGGGAAAUAUCCUAGCAAGCCUCCUCUGCCAGCGGUACCGGGAAACGAAGGGGUUGGAGAAAUAGUAGCAAUUGGCUCGAAUGUCCGAGGUUUGCAUGUUGGAGAUAAGGUGGUGCCAAAUGGUCCUAACUUUGGAAUCUGGAGAACGCAAGCCAAUUAUCAUUUUACCGAUGUUAUGAAGUUGCCCAACGAUGUUGAUCUAGUCGUAGCCAGUAUGAUGAACGUCAAUCCAUGUACAGCGUAUCGAAUGCUCAAGGAUUUUGUCCCGUUAAAGCCUGGAGAUACCGUGAUACAAAACGGUGGCAAUUCCGCAGUGGGUCAGCUGGUCAUUCAGUUGUGCAAAAUAUGGAAUUACAAGUCUGUCAGUGUCGUUAGAGACAGGCCGAACAUAGAGGAAUUAAAGAAUCAAUUGGCAACCUUAGGAGCUGAUGAGGUGCUAACCGAAGAGGAAGUCCGAAGCACACAAUUGUUCAAAGAUAAAAAGCUACUCGCACCAAAAUUAGCUCUUAACUGCGUCGGAGGGCAGAACGCGCAGCAGGUGAUGAGACAUCUUGCACAUGGUGGUACAAUGGUGACUUACGGCGGCAUGUCCAGAGAACCGUUAACUGUACCAAUAUCCGCACUUAUCUUCAAGGAUAUAUCGUUGAAAGGAUUUUGGAUGACAGCUUGGACGAAAGCAAAUAUGGAAUCCCAGGAAAGAGUGGAUAUGUUUAAAAAUCUAGCAGGUUUCUUUAGGGAUAAGAAAUUGGAGCCGCCGCCGUAUAAACUGGUGCCUUUCUGCGAAUAUCGAGAAGCUAUCGUUAAAGCGCUCAGCUUUGACGGCCGGACGGGCGUCAAGUAUAUUUUAGACUUAACGAAAUCUUAACAAGUUUUUAUAUUUUUUUGUCGUGCGGAGAGUCUGUUCUCCACUGUUUCAUUCAAUUCCAGUUAGGACUAAGGUAAACUGAGACAUGUUUUGUUAAGUAGAAGAGCAAGUUUUUCACAUGGAGACAAGUUUAUUUCUAGUAGAAAUAUCGGUGUAUAAAUAUGCAAGAAAAUAUAGGAAAAAUAAUUGCAA